AUGGAGGUUUCAAAGUCUACGUCCAAUGAAGAGACUCUUGGAUCCAGCACAAGAGUUACUGAGGCACAAUUGGUAUCGUCUGAAGUUGUUCCAACUCUGACCAAUUCUGAGCCAACCCUCACUCCUGUUGAAGAACCUGCAUCACCACCUCUUUUACAACAACAACAACAACAACAACAACAAAAUAUCAUCGAUCAUGAUCCACCUUAUCAACCACCACCAAUUUCUCAUCAACAUCCUAUAUUUCCACAAGGCACAACUCCAGCAUAUGUUACAUCUGCUGUCUUUCAACCAUCUCUUCAAUUUCUUCACCCUCAAAUCCAUGUUGUUCCACCAAGGAGGACAUAUGAUCUGCCAGGAGAGCAAGAGAAAGAACUAGAUUCUGAGACCGAGUCUGAUGGUCCCUCAGAAAGAAUCUUGGAGAGAUCUCUGGCAAGCAUCAGAACAACUCCCUUUGUUGCUUCAGCUUCCACUUUGACUGCUGCACCUCUGAGCAUGGAAGCUCAGCUAGAGAAAUCACAAACUGAAGUCCAAAACCUUCUCAUCCAGGUUGAGGGCUUAUCAAAAUCUCUAGCUGCCAACACAAGUCUCUGGCCGAUUUGA